GAAUAUUACCGAUUCCAACUGUUAGUUGCGGUAAUCUCCCUUGAUUUGUUAACACUGUCUGAUCAUAGGAUUAAGAUUAAAUACACAGAUAGGGUGUACUUAUAUUUAUCCCUGAUCGAUAUAGGUACUUAGACGUAAAUAUAAAAGAGCGUCUAGAUUUGGAAUGUUGCAAGUGGGGGUUUGAAUAUCAGCAGAACUCGCAGCAGACCGAUGUCGAGAAUGGGUGUUUUUAAUUGUAUCCUGAUUAUAAGUAUUCUUAAAUCAAUAUCCCUAAGCUCAGGAGAUGUCCUCAAACCUUCUCGAAACCCUUUUAAGAUAUUCAACGAAUACAACGAAAAACCAAAAGCUGACCUGUCCCUGUCAAAAUUUGAAGGAAAUGCUGCUUUGGAACGUGCCGUACGGAACAUGGGCGAAAACAUUGUCAUAUGCGAAGUUAGCAUUUCAAAGGAAGAGUUAUUCGAGGAUGGCUACGAAUUUUAUCCAAACGAAUAUGUCAAUGAAACCUGUAGGAACACCAACAUAGAUCCAUUCGUGGCCCAUACCGGUCAACAUUUAAAACCUGUGAUAUGUCUGCACAACGAUAACAAAUUUGGGUGUGAAACGCUCUAUGAAGAAAAGGUGGUAUGGAAGAAAAGCACGAAGGGGAAAAAGGAGUGCGUGGAGCAUACAUCACAAUUGGUCGCGGUCGGAUGCAAAUGUAAUAUUCGUUUCGAUUACAAUUACUUAUACCGAAUAUAACAAUAUGUCGAUAUAAUUAGGAUCGCGUGUA